AUGAGAGACCAAUCGAAUACAACAUCAGUUCACGUUUCGCUUAACAUCUUUGUGAUUUAUGACAUAGACGAGGUGACACAAACACUAAAGGUUUCAGGAUCUCUUCUUCUAAAUUGGGUGGAUGAAAAUCUCAUGUGGGAACCGGAUGAUUUUGGCGGAAUAACCACCGGUGUGUUUCCACAAGAGUACGUCUGGAAGCCUGGAAUUGCACUGAAAAACACGAUUUUUACUUCUCGGUGUGCGUUUGAUAUAACGUAUUUCCCAUUCGACAAACAAACGUGUGAAUUACGGUUUGUGACAUGGGGCUAUACAUCUGACGAAAUACGUAUCAUGGGACCAGACACUGGUCCGUCUGCUAAUUGGCAGGAGCUCAUCAAUAACCCAGAAUGGACUCUUGUCGAAGUCUCCGAAAGUAACUUCUCAAAACCGAGGCCUAUGAUGGUAUUUAACCUUCACCUGAAACGAAAACCAAGGUACAUCGUUACUUAUAUUAUACUUCCGUUGCUAGUGUUGAUCGCACUAAAUGGGUGUGUUUUCCUUUUACCGGGUCAGAGUGGCGAAAAAACAAGUUAUGCCAUCACAGUAUUUCUCUCCUUUGUUGUCUUCUCUACCAUCGUACAAGAAACGCUUCCAGUGAACUCGGAGAACGUGUGCUACCUAUCCGUUUUUGUAACCAUGCAAAUCAUCGAGAGUGCUGUUAUAACCAUUGUCACCAUCUUAUUGGUUCGGCUUGAAAGCUGCACUGGCCAUAUUCCGAAAGCAAUUAUAAGUAUUGCAAAAUGCUUCGACUCCUGGCAAUAUAGACCCAUCAAAGACGUUCGCUCUAAAAAAUCGAAUGUUAUUUUAGAAAAACAGAAAUUGACAGCUUUAAAAGAGUUUAAACAUUCCGUUGACUCAGAGGAUACUGCCACCAUUUGUUCUGACACAUUGGACAAGGGUGACAUGAGUCGGAUAAUCAUUCAACUGGAUUGGUUAUUUUUCUUUGCAUUUUUCUUCUUUAAUGUUACUUGUACCAGUGUUUUCUUUGGGAUGGUAUUGUAA